AUGUCCUGCCUGCCCUCAGCAAUGGGAUGCACUCCUGAACCUGGGUGGCCUGAUCCCGGUCCCCUGCGUGGACCUCCUGCGUCCUCCUCCGUGGGAGCAACUGGGAUAUUAAGUGUCAUCGCUGCAGGGAGAAAUACAAGUGGAAGAAUCCCGGGAAACUGGUUCUACCCCUCCGUCCGGUGCCGGCGGCAGGCCGGCGGCUGCGGCGGCGCUCCUCCCUCGGCAAAGGCAUAUAAUGCCUGCCGUGGUCCCGGCAGCCGGCACUGCGCGGCGGGAGGCGGGCAGGGGAGCAGGCAGCGAGCGAUGGCCUCCAUGGGGAUGCAGGUGCUGGGCAUCGCCCUCUCCGUCAUCGGCUGGCUGGCCUCCAUUCUCUGCUGUGCGCUGCCCAUGUGGCGAGAGACGGCCUUCGUCGGGAACAACAUCGUGGUGGCACAGAUCAUCUGGGAAGGACUGUGGAUGAGCUGCGUGGUGCAGAGCACGGGGCAGAUGCAGUGCAAGGUGUACGACUCGCUGCUGGCCCUGCCGCAGGAUCUGCAAGCCGCCCGUGCCAUGGUAGUGGUGGCCAUCGUCCUGGCCAUCCUGGGCACCCUGCUGGCCGUCACUGGUGGCAAGUGCACCAAUUGUGUGGAGGACGACACUGCCAAAGCCAAGGUCAUGAUCCUCUCCGGCAUCAUCUUCAUCGUCGCCGGUAUCCUCAUCCUCAUCCCUAUCUCUUGGUCAGCCAACAGCAUCAUCCAGGACUUCUACAACCCUCUGGUCUCUGACUCGCAGAAGCGGGACUUGGGCUCAUCCCUCUACGUGGGCUGGGCGGCCUCAGUGCUCCUGCUGCUGGGGGGAGGGAUCCUGUGCUGCACCUGCCCCCCCCGCGGAGAGAAGCCCUACUCCGCCAAGUUCACGGCUGCUCGCUCGCUGCCAGCCAGCAACUACGUGUAG